AUGUCAGGCAAAGACAUAACUCUCCCAAAAGAAGAUGAAGUAGCUUUUAAACAACAGGAUGAUCCAUCGUCCACCAAGAACACUGCCGCUGCCACUCCUAGUAAAGCUGCAGGUUUUCUCAGCUUUCGCCAACUUAAUGCCCUGGCUGUCAUCAUUGUUUUCUCAGCCAGUGGCAUGGUAAGCCUUGAGGACUUUGCAUUUGUCAUCUUUUCUGUUAUUUACCUGUAUUUCCUCUCAAAAGUUGCCUUCCCAACUCUCCACCCUACAAGAGAACCCAUAGUUUACGACCCCAAUAACAGGGUUCUUCGCCUCUACGUUUUGGCUGCUGCUGUCAUCGGGCUUUUACUCCCCAUAGCUUACAUAUUUGAAGGCAUACUUGAGGGCGAUAAAGAGGGGAUACAAGCUGCAGCGCCGCAUGUUUUUCUUCUUUCUAGUCAAGUUUUUAUGGAAGGACUGGCCUUCUCGGACAGGUUUUCUACACCAAUACGUGUAUUUGUGCCGGUUUUCUAUAAUUCACGGAGAAUUUUCACCCUUGUGGAUUGGUUAAAGAGUGAGAUUUCUAAGGUUGAAGGUGAGUAUGGAGGAUCGACAAGGAGAUUAUAUAUUGGGAGAGCACUUGCUGUGACUAAUAUGGCCUUGUGGUGCUUCAAUCUAUUUGGCUUCUUGCUGCCUUUUUAUCUUCCCAAAGCUUUUAAGAAAUACUACUCUGCGCUCAAGGUCAAGGACUGA